AAAUAUUUUUUAAAAUUUCAUCUAGCCAGCCAUGCACGGUAAACUUAUUCUUUCAUUCCUCCUCGGGCUGGCCAUUGUUCUUCUGGUUCAAGCAGAUCAACCAACUUUGAGCUUCGAGCAAAUCAAAGCGAAAUGUUUGGAGAGGGUGAACACCAUUCCAGUGGGAGAACGAGGUGAACGUCUGCAGAGAGCCAUCGACUACCUCGUUCAUGGCGGAGCCAGACCGGCAACUUUGCCAUCAUACAUUGAUGCCCACGUGUCGAAGUUGAGCGAAGAUGAGAAGCAAGAGCUGGCCAAGUACCUAGAAUCUCUCAUUCCAUAGAAAGAUUAACAACAGUUUUUUUGCAUGGCAUAGUGAAGCACAUUAGUUUUUAAUUGAUUUGUUUUUACUCAAAAUAGCUGCAAAAAUUUGUUGUUAAUUUUGAAUGAAUAAAAUCACAAC